ACCAGAAUUCUCAGUCCCAGUCACCCCCAAGACUUGCAGGUCCUACUCCACUCCAAGCGGCCGCGCUCCCCUAAACCCUCUCCUCUCCAGAUUCCUGAAGCAGCGGGGGCAGAGAGAAGCAGCCGGGGGAUUCGGCGGCGUGGCGUCGUCCCUCAUCCACAAGGCAUGGAUAUUCCAAGAUGUCAGCACUGGGGUGCGGAGUUCUAUUGAGACCUGGUGAGACAGUGAAGUGUAACCCAGGAGAGUUGUGUUGUCAUAUUUCACAGUUGUUUGUCCAGAUUGCACUGCAGGAUGACAAGGGGGAUGAGGAUGUCAGAGUUUUUGUGAAAGUUAAUGGAAAUAUAAUUCUGAUUGGCACACUGUCAGUUGACAAAUACCCUCAGUGUAAAAUUGGCUUGGUAUUUGAGAAGGAGUUUGAGUUAAUGCACACCUCAAAAAACAGCAUCAUCUCUGCUCUUGGUUACACAUUUAGGCAGAGCGAGACAAAAUCUUAUUCAUACACUAGUACAGACGAAGUUGAUGACUCUGAUGAGGAGGUUCCAUUGACUAUUCCACUAUAUCCCAAUGCAGAUGAUGAUAAAAGCAAGGAAACUGAAAGUGGUGCGGAGAAGCCUACUGCUGCUCAGUUGUGUAAACCAAAUAAUAUCUUGGAGGAAACAAAGGAUCCUGAGAAACUGAAAGCUGACGUUGGUGGCACUGACAAUGAUGACAGUGAUGAAAACGCUGUUGAUUCUGUAGAGGGUGAAUCUGGUGAUGAUGAGGAUUCCAGUGAUGAGGAUGAUAGCGACAGUUCAGAUGAAGUUGAUGGUGAAGCUCCGAAGGAUGCUACAGGCAAGAUCAGGCCAGCAGAAACGCCAUUGAGGACACCUGUAGAAAAGAAGGCAAAGAUCACAACACCUUCUAUGGGCAACAAAACUGGCAGUGGCAGUACUAAGAGAAGUGGCUAUGUCCAUGUUGCAACCACGUAUCCAUCAUCAAAGCAAGUGAAGAAGAUACCUUCAAUCAUUGAGAGCUCUAAGGAAGCCCCUGGCUAUUCCUGCAAGUCAUGCAGCAAGACUUUCAACUCAGUUGGUCUGGAUACUCAUUGCAAGCUAAAGCAUAAUGCUCAUAAGUGAGCCGAAGCAUUCAUGGACUGGGUAUUAAAUGAGGUGUUAGGUAACUGAAUUGUGGGGCUGGAUAGCGAUGCAAAGUUGUGUUUCUUGCGUAGACUGCAAAGGCAGCGUCACAAGUUCACAACGUACACCAAUCCUUUGGAACUUGUUAGUUCAAUGUUACGGUGCUGUUCUAUCUGUCAAGGCUCAGUUUUGUAGAUUGGCCAAUAAAUUCUUGAAAAAUUAAAGCCUGUAUUUUGGAACUUUGUCCAAAGUUCUGUAUGCGAAGGCUCAGAUCGAUAUGCUGGAUGAACGUCCUGGCUUUCAA